CAUCACUUUUUCUCAGCGUCAAUCGCCCAUCGCAAUUACCCACCGCCACUUCCCAUACUCUAUACAGCCAUGUCUGUCUUCUUCCUCUUCUGUACCGCAGACAUGCCAGCCAGCAUGUUGAACGAUUUCAUGAACCAGUUCCGCCAAUACCACAGUGAAGAUUGUCCCAACUUCUUCUGUGUCGUCCGUACCCCAGAUCAAACCGACUUUGGCCCGUGGGGCACCGAACUCCCAAUCAGUGACUUUUCCACCGGCUUCCAGAAUGCGACCGAUGCCGAGCUCCGUCUCUUCGCUCGGAACAAAAUCUCACAGCUCAGCGACGAAGGAAGGCUAGGGGUGCUGGAAGAUUGCUGGAUCGCCAUAAUGGAUGAAAAUUCGCGACAGGAUGGAACCGUAGUCAUGCAGUUUAAUAAAGAACUAUCCAUGUGGACCCAGGAUUUGGAAGAUGCAGAAGAGCCAUUUGAGAUCCCGGGUGAUACGGAUGUGUCGGGGGACAACAUCUGGUGGAAAUGGCGAGUUACAUUCGCAGGCGCCCCGCAGCUGUUUAAUAGUGUGAAUGAUGGUGAUCCUGUUAUGAUUCGGUUGUAUUCGCGCCCGGAAUACAAAGACGAGGACGGAGUGAUUGAUGUGGACAUUCCUCGAAAAAUUAUCCGUGGGGAAAUCAAAGAUCCAAUUAACCAGGAGAAGAGUUGA